GCGCCGCCGGAGGAGCCAUUUCGCCGCGUUGAGGCGUUUGUGGUGCGCUCGCCGGUUGUUGGCGUGGAAGGCCGGAGCGACGCGCGGUCGUACGAGGGCUGUGCUCUCUGGUGCCGGGAGGCCGAGGCCGGUCUGAAGAAAAUACUUGAAUCAUGGGUGACGUUAAAAAUUUUCUGUAUGCCUGGUGUGGCAAAAGGAAGAUGACCCCAACCUAUGAAAUUAGGGCAGUGGGGAACAAAAACAGGCAGAAAUUCAUCUGUGAGGUUCGAGUAGAAGGAUAUAAUUACACUGGUAUGGGCAAUUCCACUAAUAAAAAAGAUGCACAGAGCAAUGCUGCCAGAGAUUUUGUUAACUAUUUGGUUCGAAUAAAUGAAGUAAAGAGUGAAGAAGUCCCGGCUGUUGGGGUAGCGCCCCCUCCACCCACACUUACUGAUUCAUCUGAGAGCACAGCAAAUACUGCUGGUAGUGGUUUACCAACAACCAUGGGCGGACCUCUUCCUCCGCAUCUGGCUCUUCAAGCAGAAAAUAAUUCUGGAAUUGGAGCUUCUGGCUAUGGUGUUUCUGGGCCCGUCUGGGAUCGAGGAGCCAACUUGAAGGAUUAUUACUCAAGAAAGGAAGAACAGGAAGUACAAGCGACUCUAGAAUCAGAAGAAGUGGAUUUAAAUGCUGGACUUCAUGGAAAUUGGACUUUGGAAAAUGCUAAGGCUCGUCUGAAUCAGUUUUUCCAAAAAGAAAAGAUUCAGGGAGAAUAUAAAUACACCCAAGUGGGUCCUGAUCACAACAGGAGCUUUAUUGCAGAAAUGACCAUUUAUAUCAAGCAGCUUGGCCGAAGAAUUUUUGCACGUGAACAUGGAUCCAAUAAAAAAUUGGCAGCACAGUCCUGUGCCCUGUCACUUGUCAGACAGCUCUACCAUCUUGGAGUGAUUGAACCUUACUCUGGACUUACAAAGAAGAAAGAAGGAGAGACAGUGGAGCCUUACAAAGUUAACCUCGCUCAAGAUUUAGAGCAUCAGCUGCAAAACAUCGUUCAGGAGCUAAAUCUUGAGAUUGUGGCCCCACCUGAUGACCCUUCCAUGCCCGUUACACUCAACCUUGGCAAAUUAGCUCACUUUGAACCAUCUCAGCGACAAAACCAAAUGGGUGUGGUUCCUUGGUCACCUCCACAAUCCAAUUGGAAUCCUUGGACUAGUAGCAACAUUGAUGAGGGGCCCCUGGCUUAUGCUACUCCAGAACAAAUAAGCAUGGACCUCAAGAAUGAAUUAAUAUACCAGCUGGAGCAGGAUCACGAUUUGCAAGCAAUCUUACAGGAGAGAGAGUUACUACCUGUGAAGAAUUUUGAAAGUGAAAUCCUGGAAGCAAUUAGUCAAAACUCAGUUGUCAUUAUCCGAGGUGCAACUGGAUGUGGUAAAACCACACAGGUUCCUCAGUUUAUUCUAGAUGAGUUUAUCCAGAAUGACCGAGCAGCAAAUUGUAAUAUUGUAGUAACUCAGCCCAGGAGAAUCAGUGCUGUUUCUGUGGCAGAGCGGGUUGCUUAUGAGCGAGGAGAGGAACCUGGGAAAAGCUGUGGCUAUAGUGUUCGAUUUGAGUCUAUACUUCCCCGCCCUCAUGCCAGUAUAAUGUUUUGUACUGUAGGUGUGCUCCUAAGAAAAUUAGAAGCAGGCAUUCGAGGAAUCAGUCAUGUAAUUGUAGACGAAAUACACGAAAGAGACAUUAAUACUGACUUCCUUUUGGUAGUGCUGCGUGAUGUAGUUCAGGCUUACCCUGAAGUUCGCAUUGUUCUCAUGUCUGCUACCAUUGAUACCAGCAUGUUCUGUGAAUAUUUCUUCAAUUGCCCCAUCAUUGAAGUUUAUGGGAGAACAUAUCCAGUUCAAGAAUAUUUUUUGGAAGACUGUAUUCAGAUGACCCAAUUUAUUCCUCCACCAAAAGACAAGAAGAAGAAGGAUAAGGAGGAUGAUGGUGGUGAGGAUGAUGAUGCAAAUUGCAACCUGAUUUGUGGUGAUGAAUAUGGUCCAGAAACAAGGAUGAGCAUGGCUCAGCUGAAUGAAAAGGAAACUCCCUUUGAACUUAUUGAGGCACUACUUAAGUACAUCGAGACCCUUAAUGUUCCUGGAGCUGUGUUGGUUUUUCUGCCUGGCUGGAAUUUGAUAUAUACUAUGCAGAAGCAUUUAGAAAUGAAUCCACAUUUUGGAAGCCACAGGUAUCAGAUUCUACCUCUGCAUUCUCAGAUUCCUCGGGAGGAACAGCGCAAAGUGUUUGAUCCAGUGCCAGUUGGAGUAACCAAGGUUAUUUUGUCCACAAAUAUUGCUGAGACAAGCAUUACCAUAAAUGAUGUUGUUUAUGUCAUUGACUCUUGCAAGCAGAAAGUGAAGUUGUUCACUGCUCACAACAACAUGACCAACUACGCUACGGUGUGGGCAUCCAAAACAAACCUCGAGCAGCGGAAAGGACGAGCGGGCCGUGUGCGGCCUGGAUUCUGCUUUCACCUCUGCAGCCGAGCUCGUUUUGAGAGACUCGAAACCCACAUGACACCAGAGAUGUUCCGAACACCAUUGCAUGAAAUUGCUUUGAGCAUAAAACUUCUUCGUCUGGGAGGAAUUGGCCAAUUCCUGGCCAAAGCCAUUGAACCUCCACCUUUGGAUGCUGUGAUUGAAGCAGAGCACACUCUUAGAGAACUUGAUGCAUUAGAUGCCAAUGAUGAGUUGACUCCUCUGGGACGAAUCCUGGCUAAACUCCCCAUCGAACCUCGUUUUGGCAAAAUGAUGAUAAUGGGGUGUAUUUUCUAUGUGGGAGAUGCUGUCUGCACCAUCUCUGCCGCCACCUGCUUUCCAGAGCCUUUCAUCAGUGAAGGAAAGAGACUGGGUUAUAUCCAUCGGAAUUUUGCUGGAAACAGAUUUUCUGAUCAUGUGGCCCUUUUAUCAGUAUUUCAAGCUUGGGAUGAUGCUAGGAUGGGUGGAGAAGAAGCAGAGAUACGCUUUUGUGAGCACAAAAGGCUCAAUAUGGCUACACUAAGAAUGACCUGGGAAGCCAAAGUUCAACUUAAAGAGAUUUUGAUAAAUUCAGGAUUUCCAGAAGAUUGUUUGUUGACACAAGUGUUUACAAACACCGGACCAGAUAAUAAUUUGGAUGUUGUCAUUUCACUUCUGGCCUUUGGUGUCUACCCCAAUGUGUGCUAUCAUAAAGAAAAGAGGAAGAUUCUCACCACUGAAGGGCGUAAUGCACUUAUCCACAAGUCCUCUGUUAAUUGUCCUUUUAGCAGCCAAGACAUGAAGUACCCAUCUCCCUUCUUUGUGUUUGGUGAAAAGAUUCGAACCCGGGCCAUCUCUGCCAAAGGCAUGACCUUAGUCACUCCCCUGCAGUUGCUUCUCUUUGCCUCCAAGAAAGUCCAAUCUGAUGGAGAGAUUGUGUUUGUAGAUGACUGGAUCAGACUGCAAAUUUCUCAUGAGGCUGCUGCCUGUAUCACAGCUCUCCGGGCAGCCAUGGAGGCUCUGGUUGUUGAAGUAACCAAACAACCUAAUAUCAUUAGUCAGUUGGACCCUGUUAACGAGCGUAUGCUGAACACAAUCCGCCAGAUAUCUAGGCCCUCUGCUGCCGGUAUCAACCUAAUGAUCGUCAGUACACGGUAUGGAGAUGGUCCGCGUCCUCCCAAGAUGGCCCGAUAUGACAAUGGAGGUGGAUACAGAAGGGGUGGUUCUAGUUAUGGCACCGGAGGCUAUGGCACUGGAGGCUAUGGAGGUGGUGGGGGCUAUGGCGGGGGCUCUAAUUCCUAUCGGGGAGGCUAUGGUGGGAACAGUGGUGGUGGCUACAGAGGAGGUUACCGAGGUGGCUACCGAGGUGGCUCAGGGGGGGACUACAGAGGGUCAAGUGGAAGAGGCUACAGGGGAUCCGGGGGUUUCCAGGCAGGAGGUGGCAGAGGAGGGUAUGGGGGUGGCUACUAUGGACAAGGAAGAGGAGGGGGCUAUUAAUCUUGGUUAUGUCAGUACCUGUGCAUAGAUAGUUAAAAGUGCAUGCUACCUAUUUUCCCAGGUUGUUUAUUUGCUGCCGAUAAGUAAACACAUUUUCCACCCAUUUUGUGGUUCAUUAUAGUUUAAGGAAACUCAAGUAUAUAGACUAGUGAUUUUGUUUAUAUUAUGUAAAAUAUGACCUAUUAUAAAAGUACCAGUUUGUAUUUUUUCUUUAAGGAGUAAAGAUUUGCCUUUAAAAUUAACUUGGUAUUUUCUUGGCUUUAGUUUAAUAAAAUAGAAAAUAAAGUACUACAC